UAUGGCCGGACUUAUGAUCUUUGCUUCUGUUUUCAUACUUGCUAGUCUUGUACAUUUGUCGGUGGCAACUGAAGAAAUGUGCUCAAAAUUUUGGUAUGAAAAAGAAAUUAUUACAAACAUGCUUAAAAUGGAACUCAAAGUUGAAAAAAUGGAACAAGAAGUCAUGAAAAGAAACGAAGAUAUUGUAACAAUGUUUGACGACAAAAUAGCAGAAGUUGAAGAUGCAUUGAAAAUAAUUAGCGGAAAAGUUGAUGAUGUAUUAGAAGAAGCUGCUGAAAGAGGGCUGGCAAAGCCCACCAUUGCAUUUUCAACAUAUGUAAAGACGUCGAAGUUACAUAUACCUCAAAACCAAAUAAUUGUCUUCAGUUCCAUAUUAAGCAAUGUAGGGAACGGAUAUAACAGUGCGUCUGGUAAAUUUGUCGCCCCUGUCGCCGGCUAUUAUCUACUGUCUUGCAGUCUCUUAUCUCGGUCUGGCGAAGAGUUUUGGGCUAGUAUUGAAGUAAACAACUCCAAGAAAGCACAUCUGUAUGAAAGGGGGGCAGAUUCAAGGUAUGGAAUGGCGAGUCAAACAAUCGUUGUCGAGUUGAAAGCAAAUGAUGUAGUAUCUGUUAAGACACAAAACAACGCAAUUAAUAUUUACGGGAACGGAUAUUCUACUUUUAAUGGGGUUUUAAUCCGUUAAUAUCGUAAUUAGUUAUUAAUAUCUCAUUAAUCUUACCGAACUAUUA